ACCCGGCCUGGCGCGGCCGCCCGCCUUCGCCGCCUUCGCCUGCGCCGCCGCCUCGUCGCUGCUGGGCUUCCUCCGCUCGGCGCCCCGGGGCCGCCGUCUGCUGCUGCUGCCGCCUCUGCCCUCGUCGCCGCAGGCCAGCGCCCCCCGCUGCCGCCCGGCGCCGCCCGCCAUGCCCGGCCCGGCCGCCGGGAGCAGGGCCCGGGUCUACGCCGAGGUGAACAGCCUGAGGAGCCGCGAGUAUUGGGACUACGAGGCGCACGUCCCGAGCUGGGGUAAUCAGGACGAUUACCAACUGGUUCGGAAACUUGGUCGGGGAAAAUAUAGUGAAGUGUUUGAGGCCAUUAACAUCACCAACAAUGAGAGAGUGGUUGUAAAAAUUCUCAAGCCAGUGAAGAAAAAGAAGAUAAAACGAGAGGUUAAGAUUCUGGAAAAUCUUCGAGGUGGAACAAAUAUCAUUAAGCUCAUUGACACUGUGAAAGACCCGGUGUCAAAGACUCCAGCUUUGGUGUUUGAAUACAUCAAUAAUACAGAUUUUAAGCAACUAUACCAGAUCCUUACAGACUUUGAUAUCCGGUUUUAUAUGUAUGAACUGCUUAAGGCCCUGGAUUACUGUCAUAGCAUGGGAAUCAUGCACAGAGAUGUCAAACCUCACAAUGUUAUGAUAGAUCACCAACAGAAAAAGCUUCGACUAAUAGACUGGGGUCUGGCAGAAUUCUACCAUCCUGCUCAGGAGUAUAAUGUGCGUGUGGCUUCUAGGUACUUCAAAGGGCCAGAGCUCCUUGUGGAUUACCAGAUGUAUGACUAUAGUCUCGACAUGUGGAGCUUAGGCUGUAUGCUGGCCAGCAUGAUCUUCCGAAAGGAACCCUUCUUCCAUGGCCAAGACAACUACGACCAGCUUGUCCGAAUUGCCAAAGUACUUGGUACAGAUGAGUUAUAUGGAUAUCUGAAGAAAUACCACAUAGACCUGGACCCACACUUCAAUGAUAUCCUGGGGCAACACUCUCGAAAACGCUGGGAAAACUUCAUCCAUAGUGAGAAUAGACAUCUCGUCAGUCCUGAGGCCCUGGAUCUUCUGGACAAGCUUCUGCGCUAUGACCAUCAACAAAGGCUGACCGCCAAAGAGGCCAUGGAACACCCUUAUUUCUACCCUGUGGUGAAGGAGCAGUCCCAGCCAAGCUCAGAAAAUUCUGUGCUCUCCAGUGGUCUCUCAGCGGGACGAUGAAGACUGGAAAACGACGGGUCUGAUGCUGUUUCUCCCACUUUUCCAUAAGCAGAACAAGAACCAAAUCAAAUGUCUUAAAAACGUGUGUACAGAGACCACAUGCAGCGGACAGACACGUCACAGUGACAGGUUACGAGAGCAGGAACCACACCAGCUGAAUGGCAACCAACAGUUUAUAAAACAAACCUUACUUCUGAAUGUAAAAGGUUCAUAUGCCUUUGACUUCCUGUUGACUUCCUUCUGACCCAGAAAGCAUGGAAAAUGUGAAGGGUAUGCAAAAUGGUUGUUGGUUAAUGUUGCUCCCCCACUUCCUAUAUCCCCACCUCAACCCAUUGACCUUUGGCCCCGUGGUCCCCCCUGCCCCCUUCCCCAGCAAACUGUAUUAACAGCUGGCCACAAACUCCACAGUGGGGAAAUGGGGGGAAAUAUAUGGCAUGAUGGACAGUUAUAUAUUAUAAUUAAAAAAAUUAUAUAUUAUUGAAUAAAAGUUUUAAAAGAAAUGUAUGAAGAGUUUUCAGUAUGAAAGGAGCUAUGAGCUGAGGCCCAGAGGGACAGCUGAGAAUUCUGAAAAUGGCUGUGUUGAAAUAGUGGCCCUGGUGGAUGGGCCUAUGGCAUGUUCUUGACCAGAGUGGAACAAGGGCAGACCUAGGAAAAGAAGGGGACAGAACAGUUUGGUAGAGAGUGACUCCUCAGAAAGGUGUCAGUUGGUAAGAGGGAUUGGGUGAGCUCCUUCUAGAUACUGGGCUAACCUAGGAGAAUGAGGGAGCAGGAACAGUGAGUGAAAAGGACAAGUUUCACUUGGUUCUCUAAAAACUUCCCCUUGUUAAUCUUCACAGGCCUUGACGAGUAAGAGCAGCCUGUGUCAUCAUAGGGGAGAAUCCCUUCUUCCCCUAGCAGGUUCUACUGCCGGCUGUCCUUUUAGCCAGCAAAUAAAGCUUGCUUUGCUCUUAUCAAUGAACUCAGGAAGAUUAUUUAGCUUUUCCCUUCUCUUCCCAUCCUCCUUUCCCCUCCAUUCCAUACCUCCCAUCUGCACUAUUCUUUCCCUGCCUCACCCCUAAUACUUCUGAAGUAGAGUUUUGCCAUAAGGGUUGAGAAGCUUUAGAGAGAAUCAGUCUUUUAGCCUGCAUGGAGGUCUCAGAUCUAUGGGACUGCCUACCUCUGAACACAAUCUGAAGAUCGAAGACUUCAGUGAAAUCAAAUUAUAAGGCAAAUGGAUCAGAAAAACUGACUGUCCCAAGUGGGGAAGAGGGACAAAAUUGGGAAACUAUAUUUGCUUUAAAAUCGGGUUUUUUUUUUUUUUUUUUUUUUUGGCCUUGAGCAAAAGUCUAGUCAAGAAAUUUACAGAAAAGCUUCUUUCUGCCCUUCACCCUCCCAACACAGAUAGGACCAAUAGAGAAGAAAGUACAUAAAAGUGCGAUCUGGUCUUCUGUUUUUCUGAAUUCCAUCUUUCUUCCUAGUUGUAAGAAGUAGUAGGGAAAGAAAGAAAAAAUUCCUGCACAUUUAAUUGGAACAAAUCAGUUAUGAUGUAACCUAGAUCUCCAUUACUAGUCAUUUCCCAGUGGCAUUAGUCUUCCUUUGUUUCAACAAGUGCUUAUCUUGAAAUAAUGUAACUGUUAACAAGUGUGUAUACCUUUUUUUUUCCUCUGAAGUAGGGGAUGGGGAAUUAUCUGCUAAGAGGAGUUUCUAUCUUAACUGUGACUUCUCAGAAGUAUUGGCGCUUGAGGCUGUAUUCAUUUUCAGCCAAUGAGCUAAAACCUGGAGUAUUAACAAAAGUAGAUACUUAAAACUCAUUUUAAGAUCUAGUAGGACUCUGUACAACUAAAUUUUGUGUUUUCUGGCUUCUUACUUCCUUUCUUCUAAUGUCCCUUAUAUUCAAGAUCUCUGUUGUAAGGCUACUUCUGUCUGAUUCAAGGUUCUGUUCAUCUUUUUUUUUUUUUUUUUUCCAUUUCCUGACUCUUUGAAAAUGCAUUAUAGUACCUCUUUAUAAAAAGUACCUCCCUGUACCCUACGGUUUCAUUCCUUCUAAAACUUACAGAUUGGUUCUUUGUAUGUGCGUGUAUAUAUAAAACAUGUAUUUAUUAUCCCUGUGUUGGCCUGUGUGUGGAUAUAUAUAUAUAUAUAUCAAUCCAAAGAAUACUGUUAUAGAUGGUGUGUGCAGCUUAUGGGUUUUCUCUUUUUUAAGGCAUCAUGUAGAUCUUUAAGAUCUUUAACAAAAAAGGAUCUGCUCUUUUAAUUCAGGUUUGGGUCUUUCAGAGUUUCUGUACCUGUCAAAUGAGGGAGGUUGGUCCAGAUCAGGUGUUUCUAACCUAGGAUCCCUUGAAGGUUCAUGGAUAGAUUUCAGGAGGUCUAUGAAUAUUUUAGUGGGUCCAUGAAUUUAGGUUGGGAUAGAGAAGGGGGAAUGAUAUCUUAAUUUUUACUAACCUCCAAUUGAAAUUAAGCAUUUUAUUCAAUUAUUUACAAGUAUUAUUCUGGGGAGGAGCUCAUGACUUCACCAGACUACCCAAAACAUCCAAGCACACGUGUGUGCAUGCGCGCACACACACACACACACACACAGAGAUUAAUAAUUCCUGGACUACACGAUCUCCAGCUAGGAUUAGAUGGUCCUUUUAAGCUCCAGCAUUCUUUGACUCCAGGAUUCCUUUUCAAUUAUAAUCUUUGCCAUUUUAAAUCAACUGUAAGCAUUUAGUAAGCACCUAUUAUGUGUUGGAUAUUGUGCACCAGAGAGACAAAGAACAGCAAAACAACAACAACAACAACAACAACAACAAAACAAUUUCAGUACCUACUUUGAGCUCCCAAUUUAAUGACAACAAUACAACUAUUAAGAAAUAAGAUAUUCACAGAAUACAUUAGAGAUAAUUAACUGCGGGAAAACACUAGCAUCAAGGUGUUUGGGAAAGACUUCUUGAAGAAAAUAGGCCUUUAUUGAAGCCAGGUAUGAGAAAUUAGAAGAGCAAAGGGUUCCAGUCAUGAGGAACAUAAAUGUUUCACGUGCCAAGUAGCCCAGUGUCUUUAGAUCAGAGUAUUGGGGAAGGGAGAAUAAGAUGUAAGAA